ACUCCUCAAUCUCAAUCAACCGACGACGACGACGACAGUAUCGAGAAGCGAAAAGAAGUUGAAAAGCAAAGGCAACGCCAUCAUCACCACCGCCAGCGGAAGCGAUCGCGUCAUCUCGAUGGCAUUCAUUUUUGAAAAUUGAGGAAGUUCUAGUGUUUUUUCGUGCCGUUAAGUGAAUUUAAACUAAUCAAAAAAGGCACGAGAGUUUGGAAGUGAAAGUGCCAAUCAGUGAUGGGUUGCUUUGAGAGUAAACCUUCCGACCAGCAUCAGCCGACGGCCGUACGCGGGUGUACCGAUAUCUUCUGGCUUAUUGUCUACGUUCUGUUUUGGAUUGCGUUGCUAGUCGUCGCGGUCUUUUCGUUCGUGUACGGCAACCCGUUGCGUAUCAUCAAUGGCUAUGACUCGUUCGGCAACACAUGCGGUGCGGAAAGCAAUGAAAAAUUCUCCCACUUCCCCCUGUCAGGAAUGAAUACCCUGGACAGACCGUACGUGUUCUUCCUAGACAUCAAGGAACUACGGCAGACUCUGAAGCUAUGCGUUAAGGAAUGUCCCAAGAAGGAGAUCGGCAAUGCGAUGGAACUGUACCGGUACUACGAGGAUCGUAAUACAAAGUACUGUCGAUAUGAUUUUAACAUGAGCCUUCUGACGAAACCGGAAGCAAAUGGACCGAAGUAUUUUGCAUUUGCCGGGCCAUGUCCCACCAUCCCGGUGUAUGAAUCCACCCCUGUGCUGCAUCGAUGUAUUCCGUCGGGUAAAAAUGCUCCGCUCUCGCAGGUGAAAGACAUGUACGCACUGGUUAACUCCUUUGGAGCUGCCCAACAGGUUUUCAGUGACCUCUACAAAACGUGGCCCACGGUUCUGCUUCUUUGUGCACUCAGCUUGAUUUUCUCGAUAAUACUGAUAACGAUGCUGCACGUGCUGACAGCCAUAAUUUCGUGGUUGAUUUGCAUUUUCGUCGCUGUAGCCAGCAUUGGAAUCACCGGAGUUUUGUGGUGGAGUUACUACAAAGCAAAGCACUCAAUCGAUAUGGAUCCGAAACUGUCCUACUUGGAGGAAUUGGUACGCAACGAAACGACUAUCUAUGUGCUGGCUAUUCUGGCCACUUUUAUCAUGAUUAUUCUGCUGGUCAUUAUCUACUAUCUGCGUGAGAAGCUGAACGGAUUAGCUGCUCUGUUCGAGGAAGCUGGCAAGUGUAUGAUUCAACUUCCCGGAUUAGCUGGACCUCCGCUGUUGGCGUUUAUUGCUCUGGCCGUUUUUCUAGUGUUCUGGAUGGUGGUGAUCGUGUGUUUAGCCACUGCCAACUAUCCGAACGUGAGACCUCUUUUACCAUUUACUCAACUCAAGGAGAACCCGAACAAGACUGAAGCUUCCAUCAAGCCCGAUAUGUCCGUCAACAACAACACGUACAAAUCAUUCGAUCUGGUUGAAUACCCGGAAGCUGACUUCCUUCGGCAUAUGUUGUGGCUGUACAUCAUCGGCCUUGUGUGGACGUCGGAAUUCAUCUUUGCCUGCCAACAGAUGGUCAUCUCCGGUGCCGUUGCCUAUUGGUAUUUCCGCAAACCCACCGACACUCCGGUGCUGAAUGCCAUCGCCAAGCUGGUCAAGUACCAUCUCGGUUCGGUGGCGAAGGGAUCGUUCAUCAUCACACUGUUCAAGAUACCGCGACUGAUUUUGACCUAUCUGUACACAAAAUUGAAACGCCACCAACAGGAAGGUUCGGAAUGUGCCAGUUGCUGCUUGAAGUGUUGCAUCUGCAGUUUCUGGUUGCUGGAGAAAUUCAUUCGCUAUUUGAAUCAUAACGCUUACACGGUCAUUGCGAUUGAGAGUGUCAACUUCUGCCCAGCGGCGAAAAUUGCUUGGAACGCGCUGGUAACGAAUGCUCUGCAAGUGGCUACCAUCAAUGGAAUCGGUGACUUGGUGCUGUUCUUGGGAAAACUGGCCGUGGCAGCCCUCUGUGGAUUGAUUAGCAUUUUGAUGCUACGCGAUGAUCCGAAUGUUCACUUCUACAUGGCUCCUGUUAUCAUCAUAACACUCUUUUCGUUCUUCGUCGCUCACAUCGUGCUUUCGCUGUAUGAAAUGGUAGUAGAUACGCUGUUCCUGUGCGUAUGCGAGGAUCGUACCAUCAACGGUAACUCCGGUCGCUGGAAGCAGAGCAAUCUGGCUCAUUUGCUUGGAGAAGAACCGGAAACGGAUGCCGUCGAAGCACCGAUGCAAGUGGUGGAGCUGACGCCCAUCACCAAGCAACCGUUCUCCGUACAAAGCUUGCAAAUGACUGAAAUCGACGACAUAGCUUAAAGGACAGUGCCGCCACUGCCUUAAGUGGAUGAUAUUAAGGCUUACCUCAACAUUAAUUCGGAAGCACAAAAAGGAACAAUGACGGCACAACAAAUGUUAAAAUUUUCACGUUUACACUUACAAACAUAAAAAUGCGAGUCUCUCCUCCGAGUAAGGUAAAAAGACUAAAUAAUUAAAUGUUGCCUGAGUGUGCUUAAAACAACAAUUACGUAAGCGGUUUUAAGCUAAUUGUUGACACUGUACGGAAAGUAAGCUAGCUAUUAAGGUAAAAACAAAAACGUAUUUUCUCGGUUGAAAAUUAAUCCAUCCAAAGUGCUGUAAAAGACGUUCAUAUGUUAGGUGCAUUGAAUUUUGAAUCAUUGUACGCGAACAUACUACACUAAAUCACAUCCCACAUUCGGAGAUUGGCUCAAACUCUUUUACACGCGCACACGUUCUUCAUUAACGAAUGCUCUAUUUAUAUUUAUAUAAUAUUUAUUAUGUUAAACACAUAAAGCUAAUCAAAUCGAAAUUUCAUCUCAACUGUCCCGUUUUGGAUCAGUCAAAAAUAAUUCAACUUUCACUGAUAAUCAACAGAAUAGAAACUCAACGCAUAAAUUAUAGCCUUCCAUUUUGUAGUUGAUCCCAUUUGAAGAUGCAUAUUGUUAGAAGAGUUUAUUUUUACAGAUUUUAUUCCAAUGUAUUAAUGUUUGUGAGGUCAGUUCAGAUUAUAAGAAAACAGUUUAGAGAGAUGAAAUGCUAAGUUUUAAUAUUUACGUAUUAUAUGCGAAUGCAAGAAUUGGAAAUCGAAUAAAAUUGUAAUGCCACAAAAAA